AUGGCACGCACUGUAGCGCAGGUUACCUAUAGCUCCACCACCAAUGGUGUGCAUAGCGACGAAGCCUCGGGCCAUCCUGAAGAUUCCGUGCAUACCUACCCUACUUUCCUUGCCGGGGUCCACCGUGCAGCGGUCGAGGACAUCAUCGAAGACUUGGUCACUUUCCUGACCUCUGCCGGCGUCGAUGCGCGUUUCAUGCCGAGGCUGCGCAAUGAUCUCCAGACCAUGGGGGUCGACAUGCCCGUUGACGAGUUUGCGCAAGUGGUUGCGCUUCUCAGGUCGGACUUCGAAGAGGGCGUGCGAUUGAUGAACAUGCACGGGAGGUUGUAUCAUUUGGCUUAUGUGGUCAUGGAGCAUCCUCUGGCAAUGUUCAGAGUACUCUGUUAUGGCGUCUACGAUAUAGUGAGAGCAGAGAUCCGCAGACUGCUCAUGCUGUAG